AUGCUGAAUCUACCUAGACGUGUGAUUCCAAAUGCCACGAACACCCCCACAUGCGUGCACGUGGGAAAGCUGCGUUCUUUGAGCAAAGAAGAGGCCGAGCAGUCUAUCACCCGCUUUAUCUCGGUAUCCGAGGCGAUCAUCGCUGGGGAUAACAGUGACGAAAGCCUGGGGUUUUCUACUCUGAGUGGUAAUUCAGCUGCUUUAUCACAAUUGAGACGCAUACAGCGUGAUCUCAGAGGUCUCCCACCCUUAACCGAUGAACCCCCCUUCGGUUCAAGGCCCAAGAGAUCAGCUCCCGAAGGCGAUGUUGAGGUUACCCAAAACAAGAAGAUCAAAUUCGAUGAUGAUGACGAACCCCAAAUUCAGAACAAUGACAAUGGCACCGAAGUCGAUCUGGUAGACACACAAACUGCCGCAAGCGAAGCGGGCGAAGAUAACGAAAAUGUUGAUCAAGCAGACGAGGAGGAGGUUAAAGAAGAACAGAUCGAAGAUGAAGAUCCUGAGGAAGAGAAAGCCAGCAAUGAAGUCGAAGGGACCACAAAUGAAAAGAAGGAGAAGAAGGAAAAGAAAAAGGACAAGGAAAAGAAGGAAAAGAAGGAGAAGAAGGAAAAGAAGGAAAAAAAGGAAAAGAAAGACAAGAAAGAUAAAAAGGACAAGAAGGAAAACUAA